AUAAUUGUCAUGCAUCGCUAUGUUCACGCAAGAAACGGAAGUUGUCAAACCAGCCUGACCGGUCCAACAGCGAAAAAUUAAUCAUGCCUGCAGAUAUUUUAGGGUUCGGAUAUGCACUGACAGUUGCUGCCGGUGGUAUAAUGGGCUAUGUUAAAUCAGCAAGCCUGCCAUCUCUGGCCGCAGGAUUGACCUUUGGAUCAUUGGCAGCAUUGGGUGCAUACCAGACAACACAGAAUCCAAGCGAUGUUAAAUUAUCUUUGGGGACAAGUGCAACAUUAAUGUGUCUGAUGGGAUACAGGUUUUAUAACUCAGGAAAGUUCAUGCCAGCAGGACUCGUAGCAACACUAAGUCUUCUAAUGGUAAUAAAGAGUGGGUACCAGCUGUCAAAACAAUAAUACAGAAACAUCAGCCAUAUCCAUUGUAUACAACUUCUUUAUACUUCAAGAGGAAAUAAAAACAGCCUGGAAAUAGCUGCAGUAACCUUACCUGAAUAUGCUGCUAUAGGCACUAAAUUACCUCAUCUAAUGUAAACAUACUAUUUUGCUGGGGUCAUGAAAUAAAGAUGGAUGACAAUAUAUAAUUUGCAGAUUUUUAUCAAGUGGUAUUUUACAAGUUUUAAGUAGGGUGUACUCAAAAAUUAGACUUAAGGUUGUUCUGCACAUUCGGAUCAGAUAUUUUUCUAUGGUUUAGAAUUUUAUUAAAUCUAGACUUUUCAGUACUUAAGAAUAUACAAAAAAAUUUUUGUGAAUAAAAAUCAGUGUCCAGCCCUCGAGUUUUUUCAAAUAAUAUAUCUCGAGCAAUGAUCUAUCAUUGAAUGAAAUCAUUAUUUGGAGUUCAGAUGGGAUGGAGUUUUAUCACUUAGCCCCUGUCCUCAUGUUUAUAUGCAUCUGGAUGACUAAGAUUUUAUUUAAUAAUUAAUUAAUAGCAAAAGUGUUUUAACACUAUUUAUGCAUGAUGAGCAGUUAUACAUCGGGUGUAAUAAUUGCACGAGGGCGUAUUACUGCCCGAGUGUAUAAAUAGUGUUAAAACACUCUUUUGCUAUAAAUUAUUUCGAUUCUAAUAUGCCGUUAAUCCAAAACAGUAGAUAAAAUAUAGAAGCGCUCUUUCUUGGUCGCAACAAAAACUUCACCGUACGUUAACGUGAUGUCAUUCUAGCGUAAGUGUUUAAACAGAGACAAGCAUAUUUGAAUGAAAAAUAUUCUAGUACAAUAUCAAGAAAUAUCAUGUACAUCCUUGCCUUGAGGAUAUCCACACAUAUUUGCCAGAUUUGAGUGGGUUUUUUUUUUCCGAGCACACUGCUAUGUUGUUUGACACUACGAUUUAAUAUUUGUGACAUAUAAACUAUGGUUUUGUUGCAUGAUAAUGUCAGAGUUUCAGUCUUCUUUGUUUUACAGCAUUUUAACAGUCUUCAACAUUUGACUUUUUAUUUAAUAAGUCGAAUUAGGUUUGUUGUAUUAUUUUACAUGUUGAAAUAAGUACACAAUACAAACCAGUGAAACCAGUGAUUAUAUUUAUGUAUAGAAUAAAUAAUUUACAGGGUUUAAAUUCUGUUAGACCAGUUGCUCUAGUUCAAGCUGGUCUAGUUCAUCUUGAAAUUUACAAGUUGGACAAAUUUUUUUCUGGUCUUGGGCUUUGGACCACUACUUUUCAUCACUGUUUUCUGUCCUAUUGUUAGAGGUUAUAAUAAGCAUUGUUAAUGACAUUUUGUUGUUAGUCAUAUUUUUGUAUCAGAUUUAGAUUAUACAUUUUGAAAUAAAAACUCGUAUUAUCUUGGUAAAUAAACAGAUGUUGUAUAUUA